AUGCCUGGUCCUCUUGGUUUUCCAUUUAUUGGCAUUGCCCAUAAACUAUUUAAAUUAUCAGAUGUUCUAUACGAGCUUCCAAAAUACGCUAACCAAUAUAAAGCGAAGACUUACUUUACGUGGCUUGGAACGCAUCCAUUUCUAUACACAAUGGAUCCUAAGAUAGCUGAAAUAAUUCUAAGUUCUCCAGAUUGCCUUGACAAGUCUAAGAUUUAUGAUGCCAUUACUGAGAUAAUUGGACCUGGUAUUCUUACAAUAAAAGUUCCAGAUUGGAAUCACCAUCGAAAACUUUUGAAUCCAGCACUAAGCCACAAAGUUUUAUUAGGCUUCUUUCCAAUAUUUCAAAAACAUAUUGCCGAAUUUUGUAAAAAGCUAGAUGAAAAUAUUGAGUGUGGUGAAAUUGAUGUGAAGGAUUUAAUAUGCAAUCUUUCGCUAAGUACAUCGGUUGAAACCACGAUGGGCCUAAAAUUUGAUGAACAAUCUGACACAGAUUUUUUGGAAAAAUGUGAAAGAAUGUUGGCUAUAACUACUCAACGUGUAUUAAAUCCUCUACUAGCUAAUUCAAUCAUUUUUCGUACAACCAAUUUGGCUAAAUCAUAUUCUGAACUCAAAAAAAGUGUUCUUGGAUUUGCUCAUGAUCUUCUUAUGAAGAGAAUUAAAAAUAUUGAACAAAACCAUCCAGAAGAUAAACCCAACCAUAAUAUUUUUAUAGACCAUGUCAUUAAGAUUCAUCAAAAUAAUGGAUAUACAUUUGAUGAAAUUAUAUCAGAAGCGAAUCUAAUGGUCUUUGCAGCCUUUGAAACUACAGCAACAUCGAUGUUUUCAACCUUAAUGCUUUUGGCUAUGCACCCAGAGUAUCAAGAAAAAGUUUUCGAAGAACUACUUGUUGUUUUCCCCGAAAAAGAAUUCAAUGUAAAGUAUGAAGACUUCAGAAACUUGAUCUAUUUGGAAAUGUGCAUUAAUGAAACAUUGAGGAUUUUCUCCUCAAUUCCAUUGAUUGCGAGAAAUUGUUCAAAAGAUGUACCCAUAACAAAUGAUAUUGUUAUUCCAAAGGGAACACAAAUAUUGAUUGACAUAUUCAAUAUUCAAAGGGACGAAGAUACUUGGGGACCUGAUGCCAGAGAAUUUAAUCCUGACCAUUUUCUACCAUCGAAUCUAGCUGGUCACCACAGCUACUCAUUUAUACCAUUUUCAAAGGGACCAAGGAACUGCAUAGGUUGGCAAUACGCAAGAAUGUUUUUGAAAAUAGCGCUAGCCCAAGUCUUACGAAAAUAUCGGUUUACAACAAAGUUUAAGUUUAAUGACAUAAGGUGUGUGGAGCACAUAACCUUGCGUUACGAAACGUUACCGUUAUUAGAAGUUCAUAGGAGAUAA